GCUCUCGCUCUCUCUCUCGCAUGCUGAGAGAGCCACAGGACUCAUGCCGUCCUCCAGCACACCCACACACUGUCGCCGAGAGUGAGAGCGGAGAGUGGGAGAGACGGAAUUGACAGAGAGAGAGAGAGAGAGAGAAGGGGGGAAGGAUUUUCUGAUUUCUCCUGAGGAGCUGCAGACCGCCCCCGGGGGAGCAUGGCUGAAGGAGGAGAGGGAGAGGAGGAGAUUCAGUUCUUGCGGACGGAUGACCAGGUGGUGCUGCAGUGCACAGCGUCCAUCCUGAAGGAGCAGAUCAAGCUGUGCCUCUCCUGCGAGGGCUUCGGGAACCGCCUCUGCUUCCUGGAGACCACGUCCAAUGCCCAGAAUGUUCCUCCUGACCUGGCGAUCUGCUCCUUCAUUCUGGAGCAGUCCCUAUCAGUGCGCGCCCUGCAGGAGAUGCUGGCCAACACCACUGAGAUGAACGAGGCAGUCGAUUUGGACAAAUGGUCAUCCCAGGGAGGGGGCCACCGCACCCUGCUGUACGGCCAUGCCAUCCUGCUGAAGCACAACCACUCUGGCAUGUACCUGAGCUGCUUGACGACGUCCCGGUCCCUCACAGACAAACUGGCCUUUGAUGUGGGCUUGCAGGAGGAUUCCACAGGGGAGGCCUGCUGGUGGACAAUUCACCCCGCAUCCAAACAAAGGUCAGAAGGAGAGAAGGUCAGGGUAGGAGAUGACCUCAUCUUGGUCAGCGUGUCCUCGGAGAGAUAUCUGCAUCUGUCCUAUGCCAGCGGGGACCUGAUGGUGGAUGCCUCCUUCAUGCAGACCCUGUGGAACAUGAACCCCGUGUGCUCCGGGUGUGAGCUGGCAGAGGGGUAUCUGACUGGAGGAUACGUUAUCAGGCUCUUCCACGGUCACAUGGACGAGUGCUUGGCCAUCCCCGCUGCCGACCAGGGGGAAGACCAACGCAGAAACGCACACUAUGAGGGGGGCGCUGUCUGCAGCCAUGCCCGAUCGCUGUGGAGACUGGAGCCGCUGCGGAUAGGCUGGAGUGGGAGUCAUGUGAAGUGGGGCCAGCCCUUCAGAGUCCGCCACAUCACCACGGGCCGCUAUCUGUGCCUGGACGAGGAGAAGGGACUGCUGGUGGUAGACCCUGAGAAGGCCAACACCAAAAUGUCUGCCUUCUGCUUCCGGGCCUCAAAGGAGAAGACAGAGGUGGCCCAGAAGCGUGAUGUGGAGGGCAUGGGCACGCCGGAGAUCAAGUACGGGGAGUCCAUGUGCUUCGUGCAGCACGUCUCCACGGGGCUGUGGCUCACCUACGCGUCUGUGGACGCCAAGUCCGCCCGCCUGGGGCCCCUGAAGAGGAAGGCCAUCCUGCACCAGGAGGGCCACAUGGAUGACGCCCUGACGGUGGCGCGCUCGCAGACGGAGGAGUCGCAGGCGGCCCGCAUGAUCUACAGCACCACGGGCCUCUUCACGCAGUUCAUCAAAGGCCUGGACUCCCUGAGUGGGAAGAACAAGUCCCCAGCCCCCCAGGCGCUGCCCAUGGACGCCGUGGUGCUCUCCCUGCAGGACCUCAUCUUCUACUUCCGCCCCCCGGAGGAGGAACUGGAGCACGAGGAAAAGCAGACCAAACUGCGCUCCCUCAAGAACCGGCAGAACCUCUUCCAGGAGGAGGGCAUGAUCACUCUGGUGCUGGACUGCAUCGACCGGCUCAACGUCUACAACACCGCCGCCCACUUCUCUGAGUUUGCCGGUGAGGAGGCGGCUGAGUCCUGGAAGGAGAUUGUAAACUUGCUGUAUGAGCUGCUGGCCUCUCUGAUUCGAGGAAACCGGGCCAACUGUGCUCUGUUCUGUGAUAAUCUGGACUGGCUGGUCAGCAAACUGGACCGUCUAGAGGCCUCUUCAGGCAUUCUGGAGGUGUUGUACUGUGUUCUCAUCGAGAGCCCUGAGGUCUUGAACAUCAUCCAGGAAAACCACAUCAAAUCCAUCAUAUCCCUGUUGGACAAGCAUGGGCGAAAUCACAAGGUCCUGGACGUGCUCUGCUCUCUGUGCGUGUGCAAUGGGGUGGCCGUGAGGUCCAAUCAGAACCUCAUCACGGAGAAUCUGCUUCCAGGUCGUGAUCUCCUGCUGCAAACCAACAUCAUCAACUAUGUGACCAGCAUGAGGCCAAACAUCUUCCUGGGCACGUGUGAGGGGUCCACACAGUACAAGAAGUGGUAUUUUGAAGUGAUAGUGGACCAUGUGGAGCCCUUCCUGACCGCUCAGGCUAUUCACCUGCGUGUUGGGUGGGCCCUCACUGAGGGGUACAGCCCCUACCCUGGGGGAGGUGAGGGCUGGGGCGGUAACGGCGUUGGGGACGACCUUUACUCCUACGGCUUUGACGGGCUGCACCUGUGGUCAGGGCGUGUCCCUCGCCAGGUGGCCUCGCCCAAUCAGCACAUUCUGGCAGCUGACGACGUGGUCAGCUGCUGCCUGGAUCUGAGCGUGCCCAGUAUAUCCUUCCGCAUCAACGGGCACCCGGUGCAGGGCAUGUUCGAGAACUUCAACCUGGACGGCCUCUUCUUCCCUGUUGUCAGCUUCUCCGCAGGCAUCAAGGUUCGCUUCCUCCUGGGAGGGCGUCAUGGGGACUUCAAGUUCCUCCCGCCCCCAGGCUACGCCCCCUGCUACGAGGCCCUGCUGCCGAAGGACAGGAUGCGCAUCGAGCCCAUCAAGGAGUACAAGCAUGACUUUAACGGCGUCCGCAACCUCCUGGGACCCACACAGUCCCUCUCCCACACCGCCUUCACGCCCUGUCCCGUCGACACUGUGCAGAUCGUGCUGCCCCCUCACCUGGAGCGCAUCCGGGAGAAGCUGGCGGAGAACAGCCACGAGCUGUGGGCUGUGACGCGCAUCGAGCAGGGCUGGACCUACGGCCCGUUUCGAGAUGACAACAAGAAGCUGCACCCCUGCCUCGUUGAUUUCCAGAGUCUGCCAGAGCCUGAGAAGAACUACAACCUACAGAUGUCUGGAGAAACCCUCAAGACUCUGCUGGCGCUGGGCUGUCAUGUGGGUAUGGGUGACGAGAAGGCAGAGGAGAAUCUGAAGAGGAUAAAGCUGCCCAAGACCUAUGUGAUGAGCAACGGGUACAAGCCUGCCCCCCUGGACCUCAACCAUGUCAAGCUGACGCCCAACCAGAACACGCUGGUGGAAAGGCUGGCUGAAAAUGGACACAACGUGUGGGCACGGGACCGGGUGAGGCAGGGGUGGACCUACAGCAUCGUACAGGACAUUGUGAACAAGCGAAACCCCCGCCUGGUGCCUUACAACCUACUGGACGAGAAAACCAAGAAGACCAACCGGGACAGUGUGUGCGCUGCUGUGCGCACGCUUAUAGGCUACGGGUACAACAUCGAGCCCCCUGACCAGGAGAGCAGCGGCCACGGGCCAGGCAGCAUGCGCACGGAUAAGAUCCGUGUGUUCCGCGCAGAGAAGUCGUACGCGGUGACCCAGGGGAAGUGGUACUUUGAGUUUGAGGCGGUGACGGUGGGCGAGAUGAGAGUGGGCUGGGCUCGACCCAGUGUCCGGGCCGACAAGGAACUGGGGGCGGACGACUUGGCCUACGUCUUCAACGGCUUCAAGGCUCAGCGCUGGCACGUGGGCAACGAGCCCUUCGGCCGAAUCUGGCUUCCGGGGGACGUGGUGGGCUGCAUGAUUGACCUGACAGAGCAGAACAUCAUGUUCACCCUCAACGGGGAGAUGCUGAUCAGCGACUCCGGCUCUGAGAUGGCCUUCAAGGACAUCGAAAUCGGAGAGGGCUUUGUCCCCGUGUGCAGCCUGGGACUGUCUCAGGUGGGCAGGAUCAACCUGGGCCAGAAUGUCAGCAGCCUGCGAUACUUCGCCAUCUGCGGCCUACAGGAGGGCUUCGAGCCCUUCGCCAUCAACAUGAAGCGGGACAUCACCAUGUGGUUCAGCAAGAGCCUGCCCCAGUUCAUCCCCGUGCCCCCCGACCACAACCACAUCGAGGUCUCGCGUGUGGACGGGACAGUGGACAGUGCCCCCUGUCUGAAGCUGACCCACAAGACCUUUGGCUCCCAGAACGCCAACACGGACCUGCUGUUCCUCAGGCUGAGCAUGCCGGUGGAGUUCCACGAGACCUUCAAGGUGCCGGCGGGGACCACGCCUCUCACCCGCGCUCUCACCAUCCCCGAGGACGAGGCGCUGGAGGUGGACCCCAACUCGGAGUUCGAGAUGCUGAAGAAGUCGGCCAGCCGCAAGGAGCAGGAGGAGAAGGAGAAGGAGCCCUCCGUGCCGAAGGAGAUCCCGGGCAGCAAAGGGGGAGAGAACGAGAAAGACGCCUCCACAGAGAAGAGCAAGAAGAGAGGGUUCCUUUUCAAGGCCAAGAAGGCAGCGUUCAUCGCUCCUCCCCCUGUGGUUCCUACCAUGCCCCGCCUGAUGGAGGACGUCGUCCCUGACGAUCGCGACGACAUGGACAUCAUUCUCAACACCACCACGUACUACUAUGCAGUGCGUGUGUUCGCAGGCCAGGAGCCCAGCAGUGUUUGGGUGGGCUGGGUCACCCCCGACUAUCACCAGUAUGACGGCCACUUUGACCUCAGCAAAGUGCGUAACGUCACUGUAACCGUGGGCGAUGACAAAGGCAACAUCCAUGAUAGUAUGAAGCGCAGUAACUGCUACAUGGUGUGGGGAGGGGAGUUUAGCAACAGCUCCCAGCAGACUCGUAUUAGUCAGGAGGACCUUCUGAUUGGCUGCCUGUUGGACCUGGACACUGGCCUCAUGACCUUCACAGCCAAUGGGAAGGAGGUCAACACCUUCUACCAGGUGGAGCCCAACACCAAGCUCUUCCCAGCAGUGUUCGUUCAGCCCACCAGUCAGAACAUGCUGCAAGUGGAGCUGGGGAAGCUCAAGAACAUCAUGCCCAUCUCGGCGGCCAUGUUCCGCAGCGAGCGCAAGAACCCCGUCCCCCAGUGCCCUCCCCGGCUGGACGUCCAGAUGCUGACCCCGGUGAUCUGGAGCCGCAUGCCCAACCACUUCCUGGCCCCGGAGACAGCCCGUGUGAGCGAGAGGCACGGCUGGUCGGUGGAGUGCCGGGAGCCCCUCACCAUGAUGGCCCUUCAUAUCCCAGAGGAGAACCGGUGCAUUGAUGUCCUGGAGCUAUCUGAGCGCCUGGACAUGCUGAAGUUCCACUACCACACGCUGAAGCUGUACUGCGCAGUCUGUGCGCUGGGCAACAACCGCGUGGCCCACGCCCUGUGCAGCCACGUGGACGAGUCCCAGCUCUUCUACGCCAUCGAGAACACCUACCUGCCAGGGCCCAUGCGCAGCGGCUACUACGACCUGCUCAUCAGCAUGCACCUGGAGUCUGCCAAGCGCGCCCGCCUCAUGACCAACAAGGAGUUCAUCGUGCCCAUGACGGACGAGACGCGCACCAUCACGCUCUACUCCGACGCUGACAAGGACCAUGCCCUGCCGGGGGUGGGCCUCACCACCUGCCUGCGCCCCAAACUGCACUUCUCCCCCGUCAGCUUCGUGGGGACGGACCCUGACGUCUACACCCUCAGCCCCAUCAUCCCCCUGCAGGUCUUGAAGACCAAGGCCCUCAACAUGCUGACGGAAGCCGUGCAGGACGGCGGCCAGGCCAUGCGGGACCCUGUAGGGGGCAGCGUGGAGUUCCAUUUCGUGCCCAUCCUGAAGCUCAUCAGCACCCUGCUCAUCAUGGGCAUCUUUGACGAUGAGGACGUCAAGCACAUCCUGAAGAUGAUCGAGCCCACCGUCUUCGGCAGGGAGGCGGAGGCGUUGACGGAGGAGGACGGGGGCGGGAAGAGAGAGGAGGAGCAGAAGACCACCUCCAAGGAAGAGGGCAGGGAGGUCAAGGAGGAAGAGGAGGAAGGACACAAGGGGGAGGUGGAGGACGAAGGAAUGGGAGAGGAGGAGGAGGAAGAGGAGGAUGAGGAAGAGGAGCUGGAUCUGGAGGAGGAGCUGGAAGAGGAACAUGUAGAAAAAGAGGGGGAAGGGGAGGGUGAGGGGGAGAAGGUGGAUGGAGAGAAGGGAGCAGAGGAGAAGGAGAAAGAGGCUGGAGCCGGCGAACCUGAGGCUGAAGUAAAGGAGGGUCUGGAAGAGGGACUGCUCCAGAUGAAGCUGCCUGAGUCUGUCAAACUGCAGAUGUGCACUCUCCUUCAGUACUUCUGUGACUGCGAGCUCCGCCACAGAGUGGAGGCCAUCAUCGCCUUCUCCGACAAGUUCGUCAGCCAGGUGCAGACCAACCAGCGCCAGCGCUACAACGAGCUCAUGCAGGCGUUCACCAUGAGCGCCGCCGAGACCGCCCGAAAGACCCGCGAGUUCCGCUCGCCUCCGCAGGAGCAGAUCAACAUGCUCCUGAACUUCAAAAAUUGUCCAGAAGAGGAAGAGUGCCCUGUCCCGGAGGAAGUCCGAGAGGCCCUGCAGGCGUUUCACAAUGACUUGCUGACUCACUGCGGUGUGCAUAUCGAAGAGGAAGAGGAGGAGGAAGAGGUGGACACGUCGCUGCGUGGAAGACUCCUCAGCCUGGUGGACAAGGUCAGGAGCUUCCGCAGGAAGAAGCAGGAAGAGGAACCAGAGCCUGAGGAAGAGCCAAAACCUAGCACAUUGCAGGAGCUCAUCUCCCACACCAUGAUCCACUGGGCCCAGGAAUCCUUCAUCCAGAACCCGGAGCUGGUGCGCCUCAUGUUCAGCCUGCUGCACCGGCAGUACGAUGGGCUCGGGGAGCUCAUCCGCGCCCUGCCCAAGGCCUACACCAUCAACGCCGUGUCCGUGCAGGACACUAUGGACCUGCUGGAGUGCCUGGGCCAGAUCCGCUCCCUGCUCAUCGUCCAGAUGGGACCAGAGGAGGAGAGGCUCAUGAUCCAGAGCAUCGGGAACAUAAUGAACAACAAGGUGUUCUACCAGCACCCCAACCUGAUGCGUGCCCUGGGCAUGCACGAAACCGUGAUGGAAGUCAUGGUCAAUGUGCUGGGGGGCGGAGAUUCCAAGGAGAUCCGAUUCCCGCGAAUGGUGACCAACUGCUGUCGCUUCCUGUGCUACUUCUGCCGGAUCAGCCGUCAGAACCAGCGGUCCAUGUUUGACCACCUCAGCUACCUGCUCCAGAACAGUGGCAUCGGUCUGGGAAUGCGAGGCUCCACCCCUCUGGACGUGGCCGCUGCGUCCUGCAUCGAUAACAACGAGCUGGCCCUGGCCCUACAGGAGCAGGACCUGGAGAAGGUGGUGAAGUAUCUGGCAGGCUGUGGGCUUCAGAGUUGUCCCAUGCUGCUGUCGAAGGGCUACCCGGACAUCGGAUGGAACCCCUGCGGCGGAGAGCGGUACCUCGACUUCCUCCGAUUCGCUGUCUUCGUCAAUGGAGAGAGCGUGGAGGAGAACGCCAACGUGGUGGUGCGUCUGCUGAUCCGGAGGCCGGAGUGUUUCGGCCCUGCCCUGAGAGGGGAGGGAGGGAACGGGCUGCUGGCUGCCAUCGAGGAGGCCAUCAAAAUCUCAGAGGACCCCGCCCGGGAUGGGCCUACUGUCAAGAAAGACCGACGCCACCCCAUGUUUGGAGGGGAGGAGCAGCAGGAGGAGAACAGGGUGCAUCUAGGGAACGCCAUCAUGUCCUUCUACUCUGCCCUCAUCGAUCUGCUGGGCCGCUGUGCUCCUGAGAUGCAUCUGAUCCAAGCUGGCAAAGGUGAGGCUCUGAGAAUCAGAGCCAUCCUGAGGUCCCUGGUGCCCAUUGAGGACUUAGUGGGGGUCAUCAGCCUGCCUGUCCAGAUCCCCACCUUUGGGAAAGACGGCAGCAUCAUCGAGCCGAAGAUGUCAGCCAGUUUUGUGCCUGACCACAAGGCUCCCAUGGUGCUGUUCCUGGACAGAGUUUAUGGCAUCGACAACCAGGACUUCCUGUUGCACGUGCUAGAGGUGGGCUUCCUGCCGGACAUGAGGGCAGCUGCUUCACUUGAUACGGCGGCGUUCAGCACCACAGAGAUGGCCCUGGCCCUGAACCGCUACUUGUGUUUGGCUGUGCUGCCUCUGAUCACCAAGUGCGCCCCGCUGUUUGCGGGCACCGACCACCGUGCCAUCAUGAUCGACUCCAUGCUGCACACCAUCUACAGGCUGUCCCGAGGGCGCUCGCUCACCAAGGCCCAGAGGGACGUCAUUGAAGAGUGCCUCAUGUCACUCUGCAAGUACCUGAGGCCUUCAAUGCUUCAACACCUGUUGAGGAGGCUGGUGUUUGAUGUCCCAAUCCUUAAUGAGUAUGCCAAGAUGCCACUCAAGCUGCUGACCAAUCACUACGAGCGUUGCUGGAAGUACUACUGCCUGCCCAAUGGCUGGGCCAAUUUCGGAGUCUCGUCAGAGGAGGAGUUGCACCUGACUCGCAAGCUCUUCUGGGGCAUCUUCGAGUCGCUGGCUCACAAGAAGUUUGACGCAGAGCUGUUUAAGAUCGCCAUGCCUUGUAUAUGCGCCAUCGCCGGGGCCAUCCCCCCAGAUUACGUGGACGCCAGUUACUCCUCCAAGACCGAGAAGAAAGCCUCCGUGGACGCUGAGGGGAACUUUGAUCCCAAACCUGUGGAGACCACAAAUACCAUCAUCCCAGAAAAACUGGAUGGCUUCAUCAAUAAAUAUGCCGAAUACACUCAUGACAAGUGGGCUUUUGAAAAGAUCCAGAAUAACUGGACCUAUGGAGAGCUGUUGGAUGAAAAUGCCAAGACUCACCCCAUGCUGAGACCCUAUAAGACUUUCUCUGAGAAGGACAAGGAAAUAUACCGUUGGCCCAUCAAGGAGUCCAUCAAAGCUAUGAUUGCAUGGGAGUGGACCAUAGACAAAGCCAGGGACGGAGAGGAGGAUAAGACUGAGAAGAAGAAGACCCGCAAGAUAUCACAGACAGCACAGGCGACCUAUGACCCCAGCCAUGGCUACAGCCCUCAGCCUAUUGAUAUCUCUGGCAUGGCCCUGUCCAGAGAGCUACAGGCCAUGGCAGAGCAGCUAGCAGAGAACUACCACAACACCUGGGGAAGGAAGAAGAAGAUGGAGCUGCAGGCCAAAGGGGGUGGUACCCAUCCAUUGCUGGUGCCCUAUGACACCCUGACUGCCAAAGAGAAGGCUCGGGACCGAGAGAAAGCCCACGAGCUGCUUAAAUUUCUACAGCUCAACGGAUAUGCUGUCACCAGGGGGCUAAAAGACAUGGAGCUGGACACCUCCUCUAUAGAGAAGCGUUUUGCCUAUGGUUUCCUGCAGAAGCUGCUCAAGUGGAUGGACAUAGCCCAGGAGUUCAUCGCCCAUCUGGAGGCUGUGGUGAGCAGUGGGAGGGUAGAGAAGUCCCCCCAUGAACAGGAGAUCAAAUUUUUUGCCAAGAUCCUGUUACCCCUGAUCAACCAGUACUUUAAGAACCAUUGCCUGUACUUCCUCUCCACUCCCGCCAAAGUGCUGGGCAGCGGGGGGCUCUCCUCCAACAAAGAGAAGGAGAUGAUUGCCAGUAUCUUCUGUAAAAUGGCAGCUCUGGUGAGACACAGAGUUUCUCUCUUUGGAACGGAUGCCACUGCCAUUGUCAACUGUCUGCACAUUCUGGCACGGUCACUAGAUGCCAGGACAGUGAUGAAGUCGGGUCCUGAGAUCGUGAAGGCAGGACUGCGCUCGUUCUUUGAGAGCGCCGCUGAUGACAUUGAGAAGAUGGUGGAGAACCUCAAGCUGGGCAAGGUGUCCAAUCGUACCCAGGUUAAAGGCGUGUCUCAGAACAUCAACUACACCACCAUAGCUCUGCUCCCUGUGCUCACCUCCCUGUUUGAUCAUGUCGCUCAGCACCAGUUUGGGGAUGAUGUCAUCUUGGAUGACCUGCAGAUGUCCUGUUACCGCAUCAUGUGCAGCAUUUACUCUCUGGGCACUGUGAAGAACCCCCAUGUGGAGAGACAGAGACCAGCUCUGGGGGAAUGUCUUGCCCAUCUGGCAGCUGCAAUGCCGGUGGCCUUCCUGGAGCCCCACCUCAACGAGUACAAUGCCUUCUCUGUCUACACCACCAAGACCCCCCGAGAAAGAGCCAUUUUGGGCCUUCCUAGCCAGGUGCAAGAGCUGUGCCAAGACAUCCCCGAGCUGGACGUCCUGAUGAAGGAGAUCGGGGACCUGGCGGAGUCGGGCGCCCGCUACACGGAGAUGCCCCACGUCAUUGAGAUCACCCUUCCCAUGCUCUGCAACUACCUGCCCCGCUGGUGGGAGAGGGGCAUCGAGAACUGCCCCGAGCAGGAGGGCCAGCUGUGUACGGAGGUCACCUCUGAGCACCUCAACCAGCUGCUGGGCAGCAUCAUGAAGAUCGUAGUCAACAACCUGGGCAUCGACGAGGCCUCCUGGAUGAAGAGGCUGGCGGUGUUCUCCCAGCCCAUUGUGAGCAGGGCCAAGCCCGAGAUGCUCAAGUCCCACUUCAUCCCCACCAUGGAGAAGCUGAAGAAGCGCACGGCAAAGGUGGUGGCCGAAGAGGAGCACCUGCGUCUGGAGGGAAAGUCCGAGGGCGACGAGGAAGAGGGCACCAUCCGUGACGAGUUUGCUGUGCUCUGCAGGGACCUGUAUGCCCUCUACCCGCUGCUCAUCCGAUACGUGGACAACAACAGGGCGAAGUGGCUGACUUGCCCUGAUCCUGAUGCUGAGGAGCUUUUCCGGAUGGUGGGCGAGGUCUUCAUCUUCUGGUCCAAAUCUCACAACUUCAAGAGAGAGGAGCAGAACUUUGUGGUGAUGAAUGAGAUCAACAACAUGUCCUUCCUCACUGCGGACAGCAAGAGCAAGAUGAGCAAGGCGGGUGGCUCAGAUGUGGAGCGUACCAAAAAGAAGCGACGGGGGGACCGCUACUCGGUGCAGACCUCUCUCAUCGUGGCUGCCCUGAAGAAAAUGCUCCCCAUUGGCCUCAACAUGUGCUCCCCCGCAGACCAGGAGCUCAUCAACCUGGCCAAGAUACGUUACUCUCUGAAAGACACUGAUGAGGAGGUGAGGGAGUUCCUGCAGAACAACCUGCAUCUACAGGGAAAGGUGGAGAACCCCUCCAUGCGCUGGCAGAUGGCUCUGUAUAAAGAGAUGUCAGGAAAGGCAGAGGAUGCUGAUGACCCCGAAAAGGUGGUGAAGAGAGUGCAGGAGGUAUCUGCUGUGCUCUAUCACAUUGAGGUGACUGAGCACCCUUUCAAGUCCAAGAAGAUGGUGUGGCACAAGCUGCUCUCCAAACAGCGCCGCAGGGCAGUGGUGGCCUGCUUCAGAAUGACACCCCUUUACAACCUACCCAGGCACAGGGCAUCCAAUAUGUUCCUGGAUGGCUACAAGCGGAACUGGAUCCACACAGAAGGUUACUCCUUUGAAGACAGAAUGAUUGAUGACCUGUCGAAAGCGAUGGAGCAAGAGGAAGAGGAGGAGGAAGAGACAGAGACAAAGCCUGACCCCCUUCACCAGCUCAUCCUUCAUUUCAGCCGCACUGCCCUCACUGAAAAGAGUAAACUUGAUGAAGAUUACCUAUACAUGGCGUAUGCCGAUAUUAUGGCCAAGAGCUGCCAUAUUGGUGAGGAAGACGAAGGGGGAGAGGAGGAGGUGGAGGGGGGCGAUGAUGAGAUGUCCUUUGAGGAAAAGGAAAUGGAGAAGCAGAGGCUGCUGUACCAGCAGUCCCGGCUGCACAACCGCGGGGCGGCUGAGAUGGUCCUGCAGAUGAUCAGCGCUUGCAAAGGCGAGACAGGUUGCAUGGUGUCUUCUACUCUCAAACUGGGCAUCUCUAUCCUGAAUGGAGGAAACAGCGAGGUUCAACAGAAAAUGCUGGACUACCUGAAGGAUAAGAAGGAUGUGGGCUUCUUCCUUAGUGUCCAGGCUCUAAUGCAGACUUGCAGUGUUCUGGACCUGAAUGCCUUCGAGAGACAGAACAAGGCAGAAGGGCUAGGCAUGGUGUCAGAGGAGGGCACAAACAUGAAGCUAGAACGUGGUGAGAAAGUGAUGGCUGACGAUGAAUUCACCUGCGACCUCUUCCGCUUCCUACAGCUGCUCUGUGAGGGCCAUAAUAAUGAUUUCCAGAAUUAUCUGCGGACCCAGACAGGCAGCACCACCACGAUCAACAUCAUCAUCUGUACUGUCGACUACCUGCUCCGGCUGCAGGAAUCAAUCAGUGACUUCUACUGGUAUUACUCUGGGAAGGAGAUCAUUGACGAGCCAGGCAAGAGGAACUUCUCCAAAGCCAUGACAGUAGCCAAACAAGUCUUCAACAGCCUGACUGAGUACAUACAGGGCCCCUGCACAGGAAAUCAGCAGUCCCUGGCACACAGCAGGCUGUGGGACGCUGUGGUGGGCUUCCUCCAUGUCUUCGCCCACAUGAUGAUGAAGCUGGCGCAGGACUCAAGUCAGAUUGGACUGCUGAAGGAAUUGCUGGAUCUUCAGAAAGACAUGGUGGUCAUGCUGCUGUCUCUGCUGGAGGGCAACGUCGUCAAUGGCACCAUCGCCCGUCAGAUGGUUGACAUGCUGGUGGAGUCAUCCAGCAACGUGGAGAUGAUCCUCAAGUUCUUCGACAUGUUCCUCAAGCUGAAGGACAUCGUGGCCUCAGAUGCGUUCCGCGACUACGUGACCGACCCCCGUGGGUUGAUCUCAAAGAAGGACUUCCAGAAGGCUAUGGACAGCCAGAAGCAGUACACACCCUCCGAGAUCCAGUUCCUGCUGUCCUGCUCAGAGGCUGACGAAAACGAGAUGAUAAACUUUGAGGAGUUUGCAAACCGCUUCCAGGAGCCAGCCAAGGACAUCGGCUUCAACAUCGCUGUGCUGCUGACCAACCUGUCAGAACAUGUACCCCACGACACCAGGCUGCAAAACUUCCUGGAGCAGGCUGAGAGCGUGCUCAACUAUUUCCGCCCUUUCCUGGGCCGCAUUGAGAUCAUGGGCGCCAGCAGGAAGAUUGAGCGCAUCUACUUCGAGAUCAGCGCUGCCAACCGCACGCAGUGGGAGAUGCCCCAGGUGAAGGAGUCCAAACGGCAGUUCAUCUUCGACGUGGUCAACGAGGGUGGCGAGUCCGAGAAGAUGGAGCUCUUCGUCAACUUUUGCGAGGACACCAUCUUUGAGAUGAACAUUGCCUCGCAGAUCUCGGAGCAGGAGGAGGAGGAGAAGGAAGAGGAGGAGGAGGAGGUGACAGACGGUGGAGGGGAGGGAUCAGGAGGAGGAGAUGAAGACAGCAAUGGAGAGGAGGGCCAGCCUGAGUCCACCUCGGCCUUUGUAGACUUCCUCAAUAGCAUGUUCAACUUGCUGAGCAUGUUCACCUUCCGCAACCUGCGCCGGCAGUACCGCCGGGUCAGGAAGAUGACCCUCAAGGAGAUCGUGGUGUGCCUGGCCACCUUCCUCUGGACCAUCCUCAUGGGCAUCCUGUGCUUCAUCUACAGCAUCUGCAAGGGCUUCUUCCUGCUGCUCUGGCAGACCCUCUUCGGCGGUGGCCUGGUGGAGGGGGCCAAGAACAUCACCAUGACGGAGAUCCUGGCCAGCAUGCCGGACCCCACUCAGGAUGAGGUACAUGGAGACCUGCCCGGAGAGCCGGGGGCUGGGGAGGAGCUAGAGGCAGGCGGGGCUGCUGACCUGAUGGACACCGGGGGAGGAGAGGAGGAGGAAGAGGAUAACCAGGAGAAGGAAGGAGGCAGGGUUCCUGGCAUUGAUGCCCCUGGGGGCCUGGGAGACAUGGGGGACACAGCUCCUGUGGAUCCCCCGACCCCAGAGGGCACCCCCUUGGCCAAGAGGAAAGUGACUUCAGAAGAAGCUGAACCCGAACCCCAGGUUAUAGAAGAGCCACCCCCAGAGCCUGAGAAGGCUGAUGCUGAGAAUGGAGAGAAGGCUGAGAAGGAAGCUGAGGCCAAGGCAGAGAUGAAAGAGGAGGAGCCUGAGAAGAAAAAGAUGAAAAAGGCUGCGAAAGGCAAGAAGCCCACCAAAGAGGGAGGCUUCGAGCUCUGGAAUGAGCUGGAUGUUCAAAGGAACAAAUUCUUGAACUACCUUUCUCGGAAUUUCUACAACCUGCGUUUCUUGGCUUUAUUCAUUGCCUUUGCCCUGAACUUCAUUCUACUGUUCUACAAGGUGUCAGACAGCCCCCCGGGAGAGGAGUUUGAGGGCUCUGGGAUGUUUGAGGGCUCUGGCAUGUUUGGGGGCUCAGGGGAGGAGCCUGAGGGGUCUGGGACAGAGGAUGGCGGAGGGGAUGAUGAUGAUGAAGAGGGCCCGGUGUAUUACUUCCUGGAAGAGAGCACCGGCUACAUGCAGCCCACUCUCGCCUUCCUCGCUAUAGUGCACACCGUCAUCGCCUUCAUCUGCAUCAUCGGCUACAACUGCCUGAAGAUUCCGCUGGUCAUCUUCAAGCGGGAGAAGGAGCUGGCUCGCAAGCUGGAGUUUGAUGGCCUGUAUAUUACCGAACAGCCUGAGGAUGAUGACAUCAAGGGCCAGUGGGACAGACUGGUCCUCAACACACCCUCAUUCCCGAACAACUACUGGGACAAGUUUGUCAAGAGGAAGGUGCUGGAUAAGUAUGGGGACAUCUAUGGCAGAGAGAGGAUAGCUGAGCUGCUUGGGAUGGACCUGGCCUCGCUGGACGUCAGCAGCCAACAGCACGAAAAGAAGCCAGGAGGGCCCGACAAUUCCAUGUUUGCAUGGGUCACAUCCAUUGACAUCAAGUACCAGAUCUGGAAGUUUGGGGUGGUGUUCACAGACAAUACCUUCCUCUACUUGGUGUGGUACACGGUGAUGUCCCUGCUGGGGCACUACAACAACUUCUUCUUUGCCUGCCACCUACUGGACAUCGCCAUGGGCGUCAAGACCCUGCGCACCAUUCUGUCCUCUGUCACCCACAAUGGCAAGCAGCUGAUGAUGACAGUGGGCUUGCUGGCCGUGGUCGUGUACCUCUACACUGUGGUGGCCUUCAACUUCUUCCGCAAGUUCUACAACAAGAGCGAGGACGAGGAUGAGCCAGAUAUGAAGUGUGACGAUAUGAUGACUUGCUACCUCUUCCACAUGUACGUGGGAGUGCGUGCCGGUGGGGGCAUAGGAGAUGAGAUCGAGGACCCUGCAGGAGACGAGUACGAGCUCUACCGCGUGGUCUUUGACAUCACCUUCUUCUUCUUCGUCAUCGUCAUCCUGCUGGCCAUCAUCCAGGGUCUGAUCAUCGAUGCCUUUGGAGAACUGAGAGACCAGCAGGAGCAGGUCAAGGAGGAUAUGGAGACCAAGUGCUUUAUCUGUGGGAUCGGGAGUGAUUAUUUUGACACAACCCCACAUGGCUUUGAAACCCAUACCCUGGAGGAGCACAACUUGGCCAACUACAUGUUCUUCCUUAUGUAUUUGAUCAAUAAAGAUGAAACGGAGCACACUGGACAGGAGUCCUAUGUCUGGAAGAUGUACCAGGAGCGAUGCUGGGAUUUCUUCCCCGCUGGAGACUGUUUCAGGAAGCAAUAUGAGGAUCAGCUGGGAUAA